AUGUCCCUGGAGCAGAAAACAACUUUUGCCUUGGUCAUCUUCCUCUUUGUGUUCCUCCUUAUCCUUAUAGUCCGAUGCUUCCGUAUCCUGCUCGACCCCUACCGGAGUAUGCCAACCUCCACCUGGGCAGAUGGCCUCGAUGGUCUGGAGAAGGGCCAGUUUGAUUAUACUCUGGCCUAG